GCAGGUACGCGCUGCUGCCUCUUCACUCGCGCGCAGACGCACGCGCGCACACUGUCUCGCUUGUUUUCUUGCCCAGCGCUGGAUGUGAGACGUCAGCGUCACCGCCGCAGCCCGUAGACACACGCAGCCCGCGGCCACGCGUUUCUCCACCGCGUCUGGAACAAGCGAAGCCCGGAUAGCGCAACAUAUUGGCACGCCAACAUUUCCCCGCUGCGUUAUCACCUUUCUACGGAGACCAGAUAAGGCCACUCCAUGACAGUAUCGCGUCGCGCACAACGUCUUUGCGCAUCCCACAGCAGCGGCGUCUCAUCUCGGAAUUGCUGAAAAUACUACAAGACAUUACACAACGCUGAAUGCGCCGCGCUAGACCUGCCAUGACCGCAGGGGUUCGUGGAAUGGCUCGAUUGGGGCUGUGUGGGAUUUUAUUCGGGCUGCUGAGGCUCAGCUCGGCUUGUCCUGGGUCGUGCUUUUGCAAUGCCUCGAGGAUCUCGUGUAUCGAUCAAGAACCAGGGAUCGAGGAUUUCCCUGUCUUGGUGCCGGAGUCUGACAUGGAAAACAUCACGGAUAUAUACAUCUCAAAUCAAAAAAGGCUACUUUCAAUCAACGAGGACCAUAUGAAGUUCUACUCAAAUCUCAGGAAUUUAACAGUGACCAAUACUCACCUGACAUAUGUAUCUAUGAUGGCCUUCUUCAACAAUUCCAAACUUCAAUAUCUGAAUCUCAGAGACAAUAACUUAUCAACACUGUCUUGGAGGGCACUUCGUAAUUCAAACUUGUCGACUUUGUUGCUCUCCGGGAACCCUUUGCAAUGUGAAUGUAAGAACAUCUGGAUCAAAGUCUGGUUGGAUGACAGUGAGAGAGAUGGGCUGCUGUGUCUACAGGAAGGAGGAAAAGCAAAAGCCCUGUCUAGACUCACUCUUCCUUCAUGUGAGUAUCCACGUGUCGAGGUCAUCCCUGCUGUUGUCAGUCAAAUGGCAGGAAGUGAUGCCACAGUGAUGUGUAGUGUGUCAGGAGCCCCGACCCCUGAGCUCUCCUGGAGCUUAAACUCCAGUGAUCACCCUCCUCUCUCAACCAGCUAUGAGAUUUCUCACAAAAUGGAGCUGCAGUCUAUUCUGACUCUAAGUGGACUUUCACCUGAUGACAACGGCAGAGAGCUCACCUGUAGUGCCGAGAACAUUGUUGGCCAGACUGAGGCUUCAGUCCUUCUCAAUAUUCUUUUUCCCCCUACUAUCGUGCAGCUGUACCAGCCCGUGAGGAACCAGGACUGGUGCAUCCCUUUCACUGUGACGGGCAACCCGAGGCCUGAUCUGCACUGGUACCACGAGGGGAAGCUGCUGGAGGAGCAGCAGUACAUCAGGACUGAAAUCCAUGAAAUCACGGAUACGGAGUACCACGGCUGUCUGCAGCUGGACAUUCCCACUCAUAUCCAUAAUGGCAUUUACACGCUGGUGGCUAGCAAUGAGUUCGGAGAGGACAGGGGAAACGUGACGGCUCACUUCAUGCACAUACCUGAUGUGGACCACUCAGGGACAGAGGGAGUGUUCUAUUAUGACACAACAUUUAGUCCAGAAACCCCGCCACUGGAGGACAAAGUCGCGGUUUAUAUAGUGGUUGGAAUAGCUGGGGUUGCUUUAACCGGAUGUAUCCUGAUGUUAGUUUUCCUCAAGUAUGGCAGAAGCUCCAAGUUUGGUAUGAAAGGCUCUUCAUCUGUCAUCAGUAAUGACGACGACUCGGCCAGCCCGCUUCACCACGUUUCCAAUGGCAACAACACGCCAUCAUCAUCGGAGAUGGGCCCAGAUGCCGUUAUCAUUGGAAUGACAAAGAUUCCAGUCAUCGAGAACCCCCAGUACUUCCGCAACCCCGGCAGCAUGCUGAAAUCGGACACUUUCGUCCAACACAUAAAACGUCACAACAUUCUGCUGAAGAGGGAGCUUGGAGAAGGGGCUUUUGGGAAAGUGUUCUUAGCUGAAUGCUACAACUUGUCUCCUGACCAAGAGAAGAUUUUGGUGGCUGUUAAGACUCUGAAGGAAGCCAGUGAAAGUGGACGAGCAGAUUUCCACCGAGAGGCAGAGCUCCUGACCAACCUGCAGCAUGAGCACAUUGUCAAGUUUUAUGGCGUGUGUGUAGAAAGCGACCCUCUCAUUAUGGUGUUUGAGUACAUGAAACAUGGAGACCUCAACAAGUUUCUCAGGGCUCAUGGACCAGAUGCAGUGCUGAUGGCAGAUGGACAACAGAGUUUGCAGGUGGAGUUAACUCAGCCUCAGAUGCUACACAUUGCCCAGCAGAUAGCAGCAGGCAUGGUGUAUCUAGCUUCACAGCAUUUCGUGCACAGAGACCUGGCCACACGCAACUGCCUGGUGGGAGAGAACCUGCUUGUCAAGAUAGGAGACUUCGGCAUGUCCAGAGAUGUAUACAGCACCGACUACUAUAGGGUGGGUGGUCACACCAUGCUGCCCAUCCGCUGGAUGCCCCCAGAGAGCAUCAUGUACAGGAGAUUCACCACAGAGAGUGACGUGUGGAGUUUGGGUGUGGUCCUCUGGGAAAUAUUCACAUACGGCAAGCAACCCUGGUACCAGCUUUCAAACAAUGAGGUGAUCGAGUGUAUCACACAGGGUCGGGUGUUGCAGAGACCUCGUACUUGCCCCAAAGAGGUGUAUGACCUGAUGCUGGGCUGCUGGCAGAGGGAGCCCUACAUGAGACUCAACAUCAAAGAAAUCCACAACCUGCUCCAGAGCCUGGCCAAGGCCUCGCCUGUUUACUUGGACAUCCUGGGCUGAUCCGUUUGCCAGUAUGGGUGUGUAAUUGUUAGUAAGAAAAAGUGUGUGGUAUAAAAGGAGUUAGGGAUGGUUUUGAUUAGGAUGAGUUGAUUGAAUAUAGAUGUGUGUGUGUGUGUGUUCAUAAAAAUGGCUUGUGCUUCAGCACUCUAACCACAAGGACUAAAAGGCCUUAAAGUUGACUGUGUGCAUUGCUUUGAGUUUUCCCACAUCUGGACAUGUCCAUCUAUUGUGCAUCAAUAUGUUUUCUAAAAACCCCAAAUAGUCUACAAACAGAAACAUCUGAUUGUUGUAAAUAUGCGUCAGAGACAAUGCAGACCUUUUGUUUAACAACCUUUUUGAAAAAGGUAAUUUGGUUUAGGGAAGUUUAUAUUUGUUUUUCUCUUACCAUUUUAUUUAUCGAGAUGGACAAAAUUCAGACUUGAUGAGGACCCAGUCAUUAGCACAACGCUGUCAACGCCCCGCAAUACUAUUCAUAUCUAUCGAGUAACAAUCAUGGAAACUGCCAGAUUCAUGUUUCAUUUGAAGUUUUUUUUAACACAUCUGAUCUAAGUUUAGACUUUUCUGUGCCAAGUUUUGAUGUCUAUAAUGCUGAGGUCGAUGAAAGGCGUUUUUGGACAUCUCUGUGCACCCCAUCUUACUCAGCGCGAACUUCGUUAUAGAAGCACAGCGACAAAGACGCCUCCAGUUUUUUUUUUUUUUCUUCGGAAGAGGCUUGAGGUUGGACAGAGUGUUUGGAGUGAUCACAGAGACAAAGUCACCAGCAGUGGCACUUAGAUAUUUCCUCAGACUUUGUUUGGCUCCCCAGCUAUAGUUUUGUUUCAAAGGGCACUUGUCUCUCUAACUGAGGUUCGAAGAACAAUGGGAAGAUGCUGUUCUUGUGUCAAUGGUAACGGUCUCAUUUUUUUUUUACGUUAUGGUGCUUACACACUAGAAAACAUUUUGACGGAACACUUGAUGGAUAGAAAUCUGCAAGAUUGUGUAUCUGAGGGUGUGGAAAGAGCCAUUCAUCCUGGAUAUUUCCCUCACUUUGGCCCUAGAGGCUGGGAUAGGUUCCAGCAUCCCUGCGACCCUACAUCGGACAAGCAGUUUUGGAUUAUGGAUGGAUGGAAAGAGCCAGGGCUGUUUGAAAUAAAGCAGAAAUACAGCCAAUUGGAUUUCUGAAAGCACAAUUGGAUCCGCCUCCCUGGGAUUCUCAGUAGUCAACAGAUCCCUGUGACCGUGCAUUACAGCCAAAGUACAAAUUCCCUCCACUUUUGGUCACAGAACGGAGCAUCGAAAUCAACAAAUUCCCAGCAUUCUCCGACGUAGCGUGAACUAGUGUGUAGGCACCCUUAAUCGUCAUCAUGUUGCAGUUUGAUGGACUUUGCCUUUGCGAAGACUGAAGAUUUCUUUCAGACCUGUUCCUGAGGAGUAUAUCCAUAGAUGUUGUUCAUAACACAACAGACCUGCCUGAUCAGUUGGAGUUGAUUGCUCUCGAAUUAUUCAUUAUUAUCUGUUUAUGUAUCAACUGCAAAAUAACUCCUAAAUAAUAUGUGUAUGUGAUAAUCUAUGAUCGAUUUGUUUUCGAUGUAUUGUGGGCCGUUUCAAAGCGAUGGGCACUGUGAAGUGAAUGUUCAUGUGAGAAUAAACGAGUCGGACUGUCCCUGAGGUCACGACAGGAAGACCCUAUGAAGGGACCGUCCAGAUUCAACCUGUGUUUCAAGCCCACUAAACAAGUUACCAGAGGAGGACGACUGACAACCAACAGGUUUAAAUAGACUACAAUGUACUGAAUGACAAAUAAAAUUGUCAUUACACUAUACAGUGCAUUCAGACAGUAUUCAGAUCCCUUAAUUUUUGCCACAUUUUAUGUUG